GGGAGGCCAGGUCAGGAAGGACGAGGGGAAGGCUGACCAGGCGCCUCGCCUUCCUCGGAUGUCCUCAGCGGGCCACCCCACCCCGCCUGCACGGAUGUCCUCCCGCCACCCCUGCCUGAGGGCGCUGGCGGCUCCUGGCUUCCGCGUCCGGGUCGUCGCGGUGCCGGAAGGCGGUGCCGGCGCGGCGGGGCUGGGGGACACCAUGGCCUUGCGGUGGUGGUGGCGGUGCGGCGCCUCCUCCCGCCGGUCGCCACCGCUCGGUUCUCUGCCGCGCCUCCGCCCGCCGGGGCCCGGCUCUCGCAGCGCGCCGGCGGCCCCCAGCGCGGCGAUGUGUCUCUUUGCCCAAAGAAGUUCAGCCUUGUCAUUUCCAAAAGUAUGUCAUGCGUUGUGGCGGUUUCAUCAUACCAGUGCAACCCACUUGUGCAGCUGCAGUAAGACAGUUAGUGAUGAAAAAUACCAAGACCCUUUUCAGCUUGGUAGAAAAGACUUGAAGAAUCUCUAUGAAGAUAUUAAAAAGGAAUUGCUUAUAUCUGCAGCAGAACUUAAGGAAAUGUGUGAUUAUUACUUUGAUGGGAAAGGAAAGGCCUUUCGACCAAUGAUUGUGGUGCUAAUGGCAAGGGCGUGCAACAGUCACCAUAACAACUCCAGGGAGGUGCAAGCAAGCCAGCGCUCCGUGGCCAUCAUCGCUGAGAUGAUCCACACAGCCAGCCUUGUUCAUGAUGAUGUCAUUGAUGAUGCAAAUGCUCGCCGAGGGAAGAUGACAGUCAAUCAGAUCUGGGGAGAGAGGAAGGCUGUUCUAGCUGGUGACUUCAUCCUCUCAGCUGCUUCUGUGGCUUUAGCAAGAAUCGGAAACACUACUAUCGUCUCUGUUCUAACUCAGGUGAUUGAAGAUCUGGUGCGUGGUGAAUUCCUCCAGCUGGGUUCCAAGGAAAACGAGAAUGAGAGAUUUGCUCACUACCUCGAGAAGACUUUCAAGAAGACCGCGAGCCUGAUAGCCAACAGUUGUAAAGCAGUUUCAAUUCUAGGCUGCCCUGAUCCCAAAGUUCAUGAGAUUGCAUACCAGUAUGGAAGGAAUGUUGGCAUAGCUUUUCAGCUAAUAGAUGAUGUCCUGGAUUUUACAUCGUGUGCUGACCAUCUGGGGAAACCAGCAGCAGCAGAUCUCAAGCUUGGAUUAGCCACAGGCCCUGUCUUGUUUGCUUGUCGACAGUUUCCAGAAAUGAAUGCUCUGAUCAUGAGGCGCUUCAGUAAGCCUGGAGAUGUUGAACGUGCCCGGAGAUAUGUGCUGCAGAGUGAUGGUGUGCAGCAAACCACCUACCUCGCCCAGCGCUACUGCCAUGCAGCCACCAGAGAGAUCAGCAAGCUGCGGCCAUCCCCCGAGAGAGAAGCCCUCAUCCAACUGACAGAGAUGGUCCUCCUGAGAGACAAGUGAGAGAGCUCUUUCCACUCCUUCUGGCAGCUACUUACCAGACUGUGCCUCAAAUCUACUUCACAAAUUAUUUGCUUCCAACACAAGCUACCAAAAAAAUAUUUUUUUAAAGAACUUUUUUCUUUUUUUAAGUUCAGGUUUGUUUUGUUUUGUUUUUUAAACCAGAAAGUUUAAAGUCUUUUAUGGUGGGAAGCCAUGCAAUCAGAACGAGUCAAACUGUGGUCUACAGCUGUUUUAGUGGGGGCUGUUCGUUGUAAGGGGGGGUGGGGAAAGAUGUUUACACGUUCAUGCACAGAGGCCACAAUGAGAAUAAACAUCAGUGUAUGAGAACUGAAGUCUUUCCACACGUCCCUCGGUAACAGAGCAUGCAUGAUACUUACUGUGAGCAGCAGGCAAAGAUGUCCUGAGAGAAGAGGUGGUUUCAACACUUCCCUGGCUGCUAAACUACAGAAAAGGAAGCUCAUUGUUGCAAAAGCCUCUCUCUCUGCAGCCGUUAAUUGGUUAUGUACAUCAUAGAAUGGUUUGAUCAGCUGCUUCCAACCCUCCUGCCAGGGGCAGGGAUGCCUUCCACUGGACCAGGCUGGUCAAAGUCCCAUUCCAGAUCACCAGCAGGUUUCCCAGUUCCUAAGGAAAGGCAGGCAUACUGCUGGUUGCUAACUUCCAGCAGUUAACUGUAUCCUGUUCAGAAAAUGAAAGGCUCAGUGUUUCUAAUUCAUGCUAGAAAUUAAUGAUUCCAGAGCCAGUCAAAGCUUCACCUCCACCCCUUUGCAUCACUUUCUCAGAGCAUAGGCAGUACCCUCCUGGAGGCCUGCUUUCAAGUCCCAGACACAUCCCUCUUACAGUAACUGCCACAUUCCUUUUUCAGGUUAAGCCACAGUAUUUGUAGCACAGGGAAGGACAUCACCUCCACCUAUCUCUGCCUGUGACCUAACACAGGGGCCAAGUUCCUGUCCUCAUUGUUCCCCCCUUGCUCAUAGCUGAGGAGAUCCUGCAGUCCCUGCUCAGCUGGGAGCACCACCAAGCCAGACAGCAUACCCUGACAAAGGGCAGUUGCAGAUGGUGGUCAAGUCAGUGCAUCUAGAGAACUAAGCACAACCCAGCUGCAACUGCCUGUGGAAGAAAAGGCCUUUUAAGAGUGUGUAUAAGUGUGUCCUUUAGAUUUCACAGCUAAUUUAUUUGCCCUCUGUCAGUGGUAAAGGCAGGUGUACAAACAUUUGCUUUUUCAGCCCAUCACCUGGGAUAAGAAAGCCACGAUUUUGCCACCAAACUUCUUUGCCAAGCCAACCAACAAAGUAAUGGACAAGACCUUUGGUUCACUUAUAUAUUUAUGAAUGGAAAAAAAGUCAUAAUGUAAAUUUACUCAUUAAAAAAACUCGGGUACAAAUUACACAUACAGAA